ACAAAUCAAAAUCAUCCCCAAAACUCGAUUGCACAUCAAUCUAUCGAAUCUCUCCUCCUCCACUAGCUGUUCCAAUGGCUGCUUCUCUCUCCCUCUCCAGACUUCUCCUCUCGUCCCCCGCCGCCGCCACCACCACCAGUACCAAAUCCCUCCUCUCUCCCAUUUCCCUCUCCUCCAAACUCUCGUUCUCUUCUGCUCCUCUUAAAUAUCAAUCCAAGUCCCUCAAACUCAAAAGAUUCUCCACCAAAACAACCACCAUUCCCACAAUCUCUGCCACCAUUUCUGUCGGCGACAAGCUCCCGGACGCCACCCUCUCCUAUUUGGACGCUGACGGUGAGCUACAGACCACCACUAUAUCCGCUCUCACUUCGGGGAAAAAGUCAAUCUUCUUCGCUGUCCCUGGAGCCUUCACUCCCACUUGCUCACAGAAACACCUUCCAGGAUUCGUGGAGAAAUCCGCGGAGCUAAAAGCGAAGGGGGUGGAUACAAUUGCGUGUAUAUCGGUGAAUGAUGCGUUUGUUAUGAAAGCUUGGAAGGAGAAUUUAGGGAUUAAGGACGAGGUCCUGCUAUUAUCUGAUGGAAAUGGGGAAUUCACCAAGAAAAUUGGAUGUGAGCUAGAUUUGAGUGAUAAGCCAGUGGGAUUGGGAGUGAGGUCAAGGAGAUAUGCUCUUUUGGCAGAGGAUGGGAUUGUAAAAGUGCUCAAUUUGGAAGAAGGCGGAGCUUUUACUUUCAGUGGAGCUGAAGACAUGCUCAAAGUUCUUUAACUUUGUUGGUGAGAUUUUCUUUAUUCCUCGUGUUUAAGAGUUUUUGGUUUAUUAAUAAAGUGGAUGAUUACCUUAGUGGGAUUUCCACUAAUGGGAUUUUCAGUU